CUUUUACUUCACACAAUUCAAACUCAAAAAGCCCCCAAAUUUUCUUACUGAUGGCACCAAAGGCAGAGAAGAAACCCGCAGAGAAGAAGCCAGCGGCUGAGAAGGCUCCUGCCGCCGCCGAGAAAUCAAAGGCCGGCAAGAAGCUUCCUAAGGACGCUGCCGGAGACAAGAAGAAGAAGAGGUCGAAGAAGUCGAUCGAGACUUACAAGAUCUACAUUUUCAAGGUGCUGAAGCAGGUUCAUCCAGAUAUAGGAAUCUCAAGCAAGGCUAUGGGUAUCAUGAACAGCUUCAUCAAUGAUAUCUUUGAGAAGCUUGCUCAGGAAUCUUCUAGGCUUGCUAGGUACAACAAAAAGCCCACCAUCACUUCUCGGGAGAUUCAAACUGCUGUCCGAUUGGUCCUUCCCGGUGAAUUGGCUAAGCACGCCGUCUCUGAGGGUACUAAGGCGGUUACCAAAUUCACCAGCUCUUAGAGAUGUAUUAGUCUUGCAUCGAUUUUUCUGUUGUGGGCUUGUGAUUUUCAGUUAGUGUUUGGUUAUGUAAAGAACGGAAAAAUUGAAUAUAACAUAGCUUUGGAUGAGUGCCAAAACAAUGAAAUUGAAUUGAUAUCCAAUUUUUCUUUUUCCAGUAGUAGAUUUCUAUUCAAUUAAUCUAUUCUAAAUAGUUCGA